UCCUCCUCCUCCUGCUCAUAGAAACUCUUUAGCUCAGCGAGCAGCGCUUCAGACGCGCUUUCUGCCGCACACACCAGUUUCCAGUCGAGCACACAUUCUGCGGCUCCAACUUUGGUUUUCUACAAACUUCGUUUGGUGUCGAUACCAUGCUGGAUUAAGCCAAUUAACCGUUGUUAUUCGGCCAAAGAAGGUCGGUUUUGCCACAGCGCAGGUACAAUGAGCGCAUUCUGCAGCUGAUCGGCUGAUUAGAGGGGAGAGACCUGUGUUCUACAGUGGUGCAGAGUUUGCUCCUAUCUGUGACCUGUAGGUGUGGACACAGAUAGUGAAGAGAACACAGACAAUCUAGCACCAUGGAUUUCGGCAAUGAUGUGGAUCUGUCCAAUGAAAACAUCACCCCACUGUGGAAACGCUGCACGGACAAGAAGAAACAGGACUCGAGCAACCCCAAACCGCGACCCUUCAGUUACCACGCGAAUGGGGUCAUGACGACGGACUUCCCCGUGGAGGACAACAAGUGCUCCUUCACCUUGAGCCAACCCGCCGAGAGGCUGGUGGUCACACCCCCGACUUGGGGCAAGAACACUGUGGUGUUGAAGCACAUUCUGCACAAACCCUCCAAGAAAUCCCGAGUUGUCCGAAGCAUCAGCAUCGGGCACUUCUCCAACGGACUCUUCUCGCUGUCCAAAUUUAGGUCUGAGGAUAACCGAUCCGCCUCACUGGACAACAGAGUGCGAAAUGGAGACGGUGACCGGAGGAAAACCACUAAUGGAGUGCCAGUGUGGCAGGAAAAGCAUCUCCAGGAGCCCCAGAAACACAUGCCGAGCCUGUUCGGCGUGAGCUCACAGAAAGACCAGAAAGCGUUUGGGAUGAGUUCCCCCUCAUCUGAAGCUGUGCCUCUGAACUCCUCUCCUGUCCUGUCUUCACGCUCUCCUAACAACAACAACAACAACACAUACAACCACCAUGAGCUGUCCUCUCUUUCGUCCGCAUCCAGUCCCUCUCCCCCAGCCCUGCGUACCCCCACCCCCUCCCACAGCUCCACCUCCAGCAUCCCCUCCCUCUCUUCCCUUACCUCCUCAGACCCCUCGACCCCACGCUCCCCGUCGCCAGCGGACAACAGAGGACAAGCAGUCCUUAGACCGUCCUUAUUCUCGCCUGCCUCCUCACAGGACACCAGGCAUGCCUCUAUCUCUUCCUCCACCUCCUCUGCAUCACCCUCUCCCUCACUUUCCCCAUGUAUCUCUCCCUCUCCCUCAAUCGUCCUCAGCACCCACAGCCCUGCUGCCCUGAAGAUGGGCACCCAGCAGCUCAUUCCCAAGGGUUUAGCAUCUGAUGUUCGGCAGUGCAAGGCGCCUGCCUCUGAGCCGCAGGUCCAAGGUUUGACAGGGCUGCUGGGGUUGGAUCAUUCCAAGCGAGCGUUGAAAGCCCUCAGCAUGGUAGAAACGGGAACCUACUUUUCUACCGGAGGGGGCCACAUCGAAGGGACAGAUGGGGAAAGUGAGAGCCCGGGGACACUAAGAAGAGGCCUGAGGAGUACGUCCUAUAGGAAGGCAGUUGUGAGUGGAGUAGACUUGGAUGUCCCAUCAGUAGAUCCCAAGGCCCAUUGGUUGUCACAGCCUGUCAUCAAAUGGCCGGAUGAGGAUAAGCCAGAUUCACCAAUCAGUCCAGCAAGUCCUGGCACUGUAAGUCUCACUAGCCCUGGAACUGCCAAGUCUGCGAGCCCUGGCACACCCAAAAUUGCCAGCCCUGGGACACCCAAACUGGCCAGCCCCAGGAUUUCAAAGCCUGCCAGCCCCGGGACGAAAAAGCCUACCAACACUGGGAAAAACAAGUGUCCAGAUAAGAAGAAAGCUUUGACCAGUCAACGGACGUUUGACAGUGAGGAGGAGGAGCUGUACCAGAACUAUCAGGAGAAGGCCUUACAUAAUGACUCGGAUGAGGAUGCCGAUUCCAGAGAAGACAAACAAGAUAACGGCAUCGUGUUGCAGUACAGACCUAUACGCAUCUCCUGGAGCCAGCUCAGUGUGGUCAAGAAAAGGGGUCUUUCUGACCGGAUGAGUCAGGAGGAACGCAAAAGACAAGAGUCCAUUUUUGAGGUGAUCUCGUCGGAGCACUCUUACCUCCACAGUCUGGAGAUCCUGAUCCGCAUGUUCAAGAACUCUGCAGAGCUCAGCGAGGCCAUGACCAAGACCGAACACCACCACCUCUUCUCUAACAUCACCGACGUCUGUGAGGCUAGCAAAAAGUUCUUUAAGGAAUUGGAGGAAAGGCACCAACAGAACAUCGUGAUCGAUGACAUCAGCGACAUCGUUGACAAGCACGCUCAGUCCAACUUUGACCCCUUCGUCACAUACUGCUCCAACGAGGUCUACCAGCAGAGAACCCUUCAGAGGCUGGUGUCCAAGAAUCCAGUUUUUAAGGAGGUCCUGACAAAGAUAGAGAGCCACCCAGACUGCAGGAACCUCCCCAUGAUCUCCUUCCUCAUCCUGCCCAUGCAGAGGAUCACUCGUCUGCCCCUGCUCAUGGAUACAAUUUGUCAGAAGACACCUAAAGACUCUGCACAAUAUGAAGACUGCAAGAAGGCUUUACAAGCAGUCAGCAAGGUGGUAAGAAAGUGUAAUGAAGGAGCUCGCACAAUGGAGAGAACAGAGAUGAUGUACACUAUCAACUCUCAGCUGGAGUUUAAGAUCAAGCCUUUCCCCCUGGUCUCCUCCUCCAGGUGGAUGGUAAAGAGAGGAGAGCUGACUGCGUUUGUGGAGGACAACGGCAUCUUCCUCAAGCGGACGUCACGGCAACAGGUCUAUUUCUUCCUCUUCAAUGACGUCUUCAUCGUCACCAGGAAAAAGAGCGAGGACAGUUACACUGUGAUCGACUACGCUCUGAGGGACCAGAUCUGGGUGAGUUCCUGCCAGCCCGAGGAUCUCAACCUGUCACCGGUCAGAAGCACCGCCAGCAUGCUGAGCUCGCGGCAAGCCGGCGCCAACCAUCUUUUCCGUCUGCGUUUCCGUAGCAACCACUCCGGUGAAAAGGUGCCCAUGAUCCUGGGGACGGAGUUGCUGAAUGAGCGUGCUCGGUGGAUCAGCGCUCUGGGCCAGAAUGUCAAUAACAACAAGAGUCAGGACCGAACCAAUGUCAUGCAGGUGGAGGUGAUCAGAACUUACACAGCCAAGCAGCCGGAUGAGUUGUCUCUGCAGGUGGCUGAUGUGGUGCUGGUCUCGCAGACUGUAGAAGACGGCUGGUAUGAGGGUGAGCGACUGCGCGACGGAGAAAGGGGGUGGUUCCUCGCCGAGUGUGCCGAACCAAUCACGUGCCAGGCCGCCAUCGAGCGCAACAUGCAGAGGAUGGACCGCCUGCAAGGGUUGGAGACUAACGUGUGAGCAGGAUGAGCCCUGUGCUUUAACCACGGAGGGCUUUUCUCAGCUGGUAGUGAUCCUUUGACUCACCAGUGACCUUUCUGUUGAAGAAGUGAACCCAGACAAAUGAGUUCAGUGACCUGCCUUCAGGGACUACGUGGACCAGGCUGCUGGACUCUUUACAGUGGCAUAACAUUAAAGAUGAAGCCAUAAUUCUUAGAUUUCUGCUUAGUGUCCACUAAAUAAUCAGGCAUACUGUCUGAGUUUCGAAGCAAAGAGUGUUCAGAGCAAACGCAGCACAAAACCAUAGAUUUCCUUAAUGAAUGAUCGGCCCUUGUGGGAGGGAUGGUUCGACGGGGGGGGGGCCUGUCACAUUUACUAAUUCGCAGGCUGGUUGGAAAACUUCACACCCACUGCCAGUCACUGCUUUCAACACGCUGCUCCAUAACAACUGGUGGAGUGAAAUUUGUAAAUUGUAUUUCUCUCCCAAACAUAUACUCAUAUAUAUACUUUUUUUUUUGAGUGUAAGUGAUGUGCAAUGCAAUAUUUGAGACAUCAGUACCACUAUAGGAGGCAAAGUAGACCAAAAAGUGUGACCGCAGCCUGAUGUGUGAUCUGUUAAUGAGCACCAGGCCAUGUAAUUAGGAGCUUUGCCAGUAAUAAUGUAACUAUGAAAAUGUUGAUUGUGAAAGUGAUAAUAAGGCAAGACGGUGGGAUUGGCAGCUUCUUCACAGUGUGUGGGUUAGUGUAGAAACUUGUUUCAGGAGCGUCUGAUGGCAAGUACAACUAUUACAAUUAUAUUUACAAGAAAAAACAUGAAUGCAAUUUGUCUGAAGCCCAUGGCACUUUGAGUAAAUAGAAAAAGUCCUAAUGAAUUGGAUAAUAAGAAUUACAGUCCUCUGGGAGGUUUAAUCUCAUGUCAUCCGCGGGUUAAGCACGAGGGCCGCGUAUCUGUUCUCCACCUUGCUUUGUUUGUCACCAGUUAAUGUCACAACCAUCAAUCAGACUACAUUUUUCUCCCCAUCCACACAGCGAUUUGGUCAGCCUGAAAUAUGACACACACUAGAUGCCAGCCAGGGGUGUAUAUAAUGUAUAAAUAUCCCCCUUAGGAUUUAUACCGGUGAUGUUUCAGAGGCAAGCUGAAAUUCAUUUGUGUGUGCUGAUGGUGAGACCGGAAGAGAAGAGCGGCCCUACCCCACCCAGCCCUGCUUUUAAUGCAAUUGUCCCGUGUGAGUCAUCUUUUUAGUGUUGCCAUGCCCGGCCAAAGGAAACGAACGGCUUGGUCAGAGUGUGGUGAUGACCCCAUCUAUCAAGCCCACUGCUCUGGCCCCAGCUCAAAUGACAACCACAAAUGUUGAGCUGCAUGGAGCGAGCCGUGGCGGUAGCGUGCAGAGCACCCAGCAGGAAGGACCCGAGUACCCAGACGACGCUUUGCAUUUGCACUCAGGGAAAAUGAACUGUGUUACCACACAUCGAAGCAUGAAUUGAUCUUCAUUUCAAUCACUUUCUGUACUUGUAAUUAUUGUAAAUCAUUUGUGUACAUGUAAAUAUGUAAAACAGCCUGACUUGUAUGUUUUCCAAAAUACAGAUUUAUAUUGCAGAAACUUGUUUAGUCAACCUUUAUAUAUUUCAAUCAGCCACUAUAAAUAAAAGCCAAAUUGUUUGGA